AGGUAGCAAUUUGAACAUGAAGACUACAAUUCUACUGUUUUGUCUCCUAGGAUCAACUCUGUCAUUACCAAUGCAGCUCAAUCCUGUUUUGGGACUUCCUCCAACAAAGCUGGUUCCAGAUCAGGCAACCCUACGAAACCAACAGCAGCAAAAUCAGGUCUUCCCUUCCUUAAGUCUAAUACCGUUGACACAUUUGCUCACACUGGGGUCAGAUCUGCAACUGCUAAAUCCUGCUAUAGGGAUGGUACCUGGUUCCCAGACCCUCCCUCUGACCCUAGGGGCACUGAACGUACAACAGCAGCUACAACCACAAAUGAUACCAGUUAUUGUAGCACACCUUGGAGCCCAGGGUGCUAUCCUAAGCUCAGAGGAAUUGCCAGCCACCCGGCAAUUCUUAACAGGCCUUAUCUUCCAUACCUUAUUCCCCGGAGCCAUCCUGCCCCCCAGUCCAGCUAACCCAGAUGCCCAAAAUGGAAUCCAUCCUGCAGGACAAGCAGGAGCCAAUCCUGCCAUCCAGGGAACCCCACGGGGCCCCUUCCCAACUUCCAGUGGCACAGAUGAUGACUUUGACGUGACCACCCCUGCUGGACUCCAAAGGGGCACACACGCUACAGAGGAAACCACCACAGCGUCACCAAAUGGAAUGCAGUAAGCUGUCUCAAGGUUUUUCAACUAAGCCACCCCAAAUGUGGUGAUACA